UGAAAAUUCGAGUUGAUUGUUUAGGCAUUGUGACCUCAGAUACAAUGUGCCUCAUUUUUGGAUUAAGAAAACGAAACGAAUAGUUCCACCUUCUGACGUGAUGAAAGCCGCAGUGGAAGUUCUUGGAGGAGCUAAAUUCCGCGCAACCGCAAGGAAAUAUGAUAUAGGCAAACAAACGCUUAGCAACGAUCUGAAAAAAGGAAUUUGGAUGCCCCUGCUGAAAACAUUACUUAUUCACCUGAUUUUAAAACUGCGUUUGUGUUUGCCCAUAAAGAAGAGGCUAGCCUAUCGGAUUAUCUAGUCCGUGCUUCGCGAAUGCAUCAUGGUUUAACAGUUACAUGCGCACGUCAACUAGCCUUUCAAUUUGCUAAGGCCAACCAUAAAAAAUAUCCUAUAAA